AUGGAUGUGGACGUGGACAUGGACGUGGACGUGGACGUGGACGUGGACGUGGACGUAGACGUAGACGUGGACGUGGACGUGGACAUGGAGAUGGACGUGGACGUGGACGUGGACGUAGACGUGGACGUGGACGUGGACGUGGAAGUGGACGUGGACGUGGACGUGGACGUGGAGGACUUGGACGUGGAUGUGGACGUGGAUGUGGACGUGGACGUGGACGACUUGGACGUGGACAUGGACGUGGACAUAGACGUGGACAUAGACGUGGACGUGGACGUAGACAUGGACGUAGACGUGGACGUGGACGUAGACGUGGACAUGGACGUGGACGUGGACGUGGACGUAGACGUGGACGUGGACGUGGACGUGGUCGUGGACGUGGACGUGGACGUGGACGUGGACAUGAAGGUGGACGUGGACGUGGACAUGGACGUGGACGUGGACGUGGAUGUGGACGUGGACAUGGACGUGGACGUGGACGUGGACGUGGACAUGGUCCUGGACGUGGACAUGGACGUGGACGUGGACAUGGACGUGGACGUGGACGUGGACGUGGACGUGGACGUGGACAUGGACAUGGACGUGGACACUUGGACGUGGACGUGGACGUGGACGUGGUCGUUGACGUGGACGUGGACGUGGAGGAACAUGGACGUGGACGUGGACGUGGACGUGGACAUGGACGUGGGCGUAGACGUGGACGUGGACGUGGACAUGGACGUGGACAUGGACGUGGACGUGGACGUGGACGAAGACAUGGUCGUGGACGUGGACGUGGACGUGGACGUGGACAUGGACAUGGACGUGGACGUGGACGUGGACUUGGACGAAGACGUGGACGUGGACAUGGACGUGGACGUGAACGUGGACGUGGACGUGGACAUGGACAUGGACGUGGACGUGGACGUGGACAUGGUCGUGGACAUGGACGUGAACGUGGACAUGGACGUGGACGUGGACAUGGACGUGGACGAGGUCGUGGACUUGGACGUGGACGUGGACGUGGACAUGGUCGUGGACGUGGACGUGGACGUGGACAUGGACGUGGACGUGGACGUGGACGUGGACAUGGACGUGGACGUGGACGUGGACGUGGACGUGGACAUGGUCGUGGACGUGGACAUGGACGUGGAUGUGGACAUGGACGUGGACGUGGACGUGGACGUGGACAUGGACGUGGACGUGGACGUGACGUGGACGUGGACAUGGACAGCGGAUGGAAACGCGGAGGAGGACAUGGACGUGGACAUGGACGUGGACGUGGACGUGGACGUGGACAUGGACGUGGACAUGGACGUGGACGUGGACGUGGACAUGGACGUAGACGUGGAGGGGGAUAUGGACGUGGAUGUAGACGUGGACGUGGACAUGGACGUGGACGUGGACGUGGACGUGGACGUGGACAUGGACAUGGACGUGGACGUGGUUGUGGACGUGGAUGUGAACGUAGACGUGGACGUGGACGUGGACGUUGACGUGGACAUGGACGUGGACGUGGACGUGGAGGAGUUGGACGUUGACAUGGACGUGGACGUGGACAUGGACGUGGAAGUGGACGUGGACGUGGACGUGGAGAACUUGGACGUGGACAUGGACGUGAACGUGGACGUGGACAUGGACGUGGAGGACUUGGACGUGGACAUGGACGUGGACGUGGACGUGUACAUGGACGUGGGCGUGGACAUGCAGGUGGACGUGGACGUGGACGUGGACAUGGACGUGGACGUGGACGUGGACGUGGACGUGGACAUGGUCGUGGACAUGGACAUGAACAUGGACAUGGACGUGGACGUGGACGUGGUCGUGGACGUGGACGUGGACGUGGACGUGGUCGUGGACGUGGACGUGGACGUGGACAUGGACGUGGACGUGGACGUGGAGGUGGACAUGGACGUGGACGUGGACGUGGACGUGGACGUGGACGUGGUCGUGGACGUGGACAUGGACGUGGACGUGGACGUGGACAUGGACGUGGACGUGGACGUGGACGUGGACGUGGACCUGGACGUAGACGUGGACGUGGACAUAGACGUGGACGUGGACGUGGACGUGGACGUGGACGUGGACGUGGACGUGGACGUGGACGUGGACGUGGACUGGGACGUGGACGUGGACGUGGACAUGGACAAGGACGUGGACGUGGACGUGGACGUGGACGUGGUCGUGGACGUGGACAUGGACGUGGACGUGGACGUGGACGUAGACGUGGACGUGGACGUGGACGUGGACGUGGACGUGGACGUGGACAUAGACAUGGACGUGGACGUGGACGUGGACUGGGACGUGGACGUGGACGUGGAGUGGACGUGGACGUGGACUGGACCUGGACGUGGACCUGGUCGUGGACCUGGACGUGGACGUGGACGUGGACGUGGACGUGGACGUGGACGUGGACAUAGACAUGGACGUGGACGUGGACGUGGACUGGGACGUGGACGUGGACGUGGAGUGGACGUGGACGUGGACGUGGACGUGGACGUGGACCUGGACGUGGACGUGGACGUGGACGUGGACGUUGACGUGGACGUUGACGUGGACGUGGACGUGGACGUGGACGUGACGUGGACUGGACCUGGACGUGGACCUGGUCGUGGACCUGGACGUGGACGUGGACGUGGACGUGGACGUGGACGUGGACGUGGAGGUGGACGUGGAGGUGGACGUGGACGUGGACGUGGAGGUGGAGGUGGACGUGGACGUGGACGUGGAGGUGGACGUGGAGGUGGACGUGGACGUGGACGUGGACAUGGACGUGAACGUGGACGUGGACGUGGACCUGGACGUGGACGUGGACGUGGACGUGGACGUGGACAUGGACGUGGAGGUAGACGUGGAGUGGACGUGGACGUGGACGUGGACGUGGACGUGGACGUGGACGUGGACGUGGACAUGGACGUGGACGUGGACGUGGACGUGGACGUGGACAUGGACGUGGACGUAGACGUAGACGUGGACGUGGACGUGGACCUGGACGUGGACGUGGACGUGGACGUGGAGGACGUGGACGUGGACGUGGACGUGGACGUGGACGUGGAGAACUUGGACGUGGACAUGGACGUGAACGUGGACGUGGACGUGGACGUGGACGUGGACGUGGACAUGGACGUGGACGUAGACGUAGACGUAGACGUGGACGUGGACGUGGACAUGGACGUGGACGUGGACGUGGAGGACGUGGACGUGGACGUGGACAUGGACGUGGACGUGGAGAACUUGGACGUGGACAUAGACGUGAACGUGGACGUGGACGUGGAGGACUUGGACGUGGACAUGGACGUGGACGUGGAGUGGACGUGGACGUGGACGUUGACGUGGACGUGGACGUGGACAUGGACGUGGACGUGGACGUGGACGUGGACGUGGACGUGGACGACGUGGACGUGGACGUGUACGUGGACGUGGAUGUGGACAUGGAGGUGGACAUGGACGUGGACGUGGACGUGGACAUGGACGUGGACAUGGACGUGGACGUGGACGUGGACGUGGAGUGGACGUGGAGUGGACGUGGACGUGGACAUGGACGUGGACGUGGACGUGGACGUGGACGUGCACGUGGACGUGGACGUGGACGUGGACGUGGACGUGGAGGACGUGGACGUGGACGUGGACGUGGACGUGGACGUGGACGUGGACAUGGACGUGGACGUGGACAUGGACGUAGACGUGGACGUGGACAUGGACGUGGACAUGUACGUGGACGUCGACGUGGAAGAAGACGUGGACGUGGAGAACUUGGACGUGGACAUGGACGUGGACAUGGACGUGGACGUGGAUGUGGACGAAGACAUGGUCGUGGAUGUGGACGUGGACGUGGACGUGGACGUGGACAUGGACUUAGACGUGGACGUGGACGUGGACGUGGACGUGGACGUGGUCGUGGACGUGGACGUGGUCGUGGACAUGGACGUGGACGUGGACAUGGACGUGGACGUGGACGUGGACGUAGACAUGGACGUGGACCUGGACGUGGACGAGGACGUGGACGUGGACAUGGACGUGGACGUGGACGUAGACAGGGACAUGGACUUGGACAUGGACGUGGACGUGGACAUGGACGUGGACGUGGACAUGGACAUGGACAUGGACGUGGACGUGAACGUGGACGUGGACAUAGACGUGGACGUGGACGUGGACAUGGACAUGGACACGUCCUCACUGGUUUUGAGUCCGUCGGCGCGGCGUCUGCCCCCAGCGGCAGACGCCGCUCUGGCAAGGGCAAGGGGGGCAAGGGAGCGGGUGGAGCUAGAGGGGGCGGUGGAGGAGGCGGUGGGGGUGGCGGGGGGAGUGGGGGUGGCGGUGGGGGUGGUGGCGGGAGUGGAGGUACUGGUGGCGGCGGUGGAGGCGGAGGUGGCGGCGGCGGUGGUAGCGGAGGAGGCGGUGGGAGCGGUGGGAGCGACGGUCCUGGUGGGGGAGGUGGCGGUGGAGACGGGGGUGGCGGUGGAGGCGGGGGUGGCGGUGGAGGCGGGGGUCGGAGUGGCUCGUCCCAGCGGAGCAGCUCUGGGGGUGUGA